GCUUUCGCACCCGCGGAGUUAACACUUCUAAUACACGAGAGAAAAAAGGGGAUCAUCGUUAAAGAAUGAAUGAGCUGAAGACAGGAGUAGAAAACCCCUGCGUCGAAGUGCAGAUGGAAUCCAAACCAACAAAUAACGCAGGAAUCUAUUUGGAGGUGGUAAAUGGAGAAGCUCCUGCAAAACAACAAACAAGCCUUGAGUAUCAAGGUCCCGCUACCAAGAAAAAUCCCUUAUCACCAAUAGAUCCUGCACAUUCAGACAAAUUUCUUAAACUUCGGCGAAUGUUGUGGAUUGUUACUGCUGUGGCUUUCAUUUCUCUCGUGACUUCUGCUGCAACUCUCAUCUUAGCUUUGAGAGUGAAAAAUUCUCAGAAUGUUUCGACUUCCCCUACGAUUGUAAAGCACGAGGUAAGAGAAUCGGCACCAUUUUUAGAUGCGUGAAUUCCUAGUCUUCCUCCGGUGAUGUAUACUAUUACGCUGGGACAAAGUCGAGGGAAACACAAGGACUCGGGGAAAACAAAACUAACUGGUUUCGCGAAGGGCCUGACAUUAAGUGUUUUGUUAUACCUCUAGACUUUCACUUCAACAGCAACAAAAGAAUAACCGCGGCGAAUCAAAACAGUCGACUCGGUACUUACAGCAACACAAAGUUAAUUCUUAAAACCCGGCUGAAUAUGAUUUACAAAGUACUUUCCUUAUCUUAUCUGCAUCUUUAUCGUCCACAAGCGGCUCUUUCUCUUCUGGGAUAACUUUGAAACUCGUUGUUUCUUAGCUUGAGGCUUACGCCACUUAGCAUCAUGCUUUGAUCACGUGCUGUAAUGUAUCCUGUGCGGGGUACAAAUGUAUCACGAUCGGACGAUCGGGAUACACAAAAAUCAACCACUGGUAGUCCCUGUUUAGUCGAGAGAAAGUCUAGGAAUAUAACAAACUUAAAGCAUAUGUUAUCUUGGUAAAUUACUUUGCUCAUUUCAGUAUUACGAGAAUUUUCUUAUGCUACUACGGCUAAAUUUGGGAAAGAUGCAACCGCUUUGGUACACAAAGAUAUUUCAGUAAUGGUGUGAGCAAAAGGAAUUUUGGCAUUUUGAAAUUUUCCAAACAGGAAAACAAAACUUUAUCGUCGGCCCGAUUUUCUCGAGUUUCAAUCUAGUUCCUUUCUGCCCGUCCUUUGUCAAACUGAGUCUAUUUCUAAGGCCUGGAAUAAACACCACAAGGUUUCACGGGCUGCAGCAAAACAAUCCUACACAAGUUUUUUCCUAGUCAGUCCCCGGCCCCGGGGCUGGUGUAUUCGUCGUCAGGUAUAUCAUGUACUGCCCACCCCUUUUACCUGAGGACUUUCACAAUGAGAAAACUAUCAGAAUUCAAAGAAACAGUGCUCUUGAUUCCUUUUCAAUUUCCCGUGAAUUUACAGCUAAAACGUUUCUGUCUGUGCGACAAGAACCAGUCAAGUACGAAUUUGAAGCGAUUGUCAGAAUGCCUUGUUGGCCACGAACUAGCACAGAAUUUAAAUUUGGUCACACUGUACUUCCGAGAAAACAGUGAAAUUACCCAUCACAAAUUUAGGAAUUAGAUGUAGAAAUAGAUGAGGACAUAGUAAAAAUAUAUAUAUAAUGGUAAACUUCCUCUGUUUAAAAUCUACUAAUUAAUGAAGGCUCUCAGUUUCCGAAAAUCUAAUGGCCCAUUUUUUUUAUAUAAUCUAAAAACUUUCAAUUUUAAGGCCUUUUUUCACAUGCAAAUGAGGCAUACCUCAUCCAAAAUGCCAAAAGUAAAAAUCAUGUCCUGUUUUGCCACACUUGGUCCUAGCCAGUUUCAGUUGCUCAUAUUUACCGGAGGAACUCUUAUCAUGGCGGUCUUGUAACCUGCCACUUUUAGUAUCCUCUGAGAUCAGUAAGAUUGUACGUAUCGUAAACAACAUCAUUUGUCCAUCCCUUUUAAGGACGAAAAAACUGGCAAAUCAACUCGAGGAGAUUAAGAUCCAAAACACGUGAGGAUUGUUUCAAUAAGCUAAGAUAAGGUGCAUAUGUUUGGCUAGAGUUUUAACGUUUCCCUCAAAAAUCUUUGGGUUAAACACAACAUUACUAGAUGUAUUACCGCGAGUCACCAAAGCCUACAAAAUGAUAUUUGCCAACAGCUGAACAGUAGAAAAAAGAUAGUCUAUAUUUACAGAAAUAUAAGUAUAUGUGAUGUUCUACUCUUCAACCCGCUUUACCAAGGCACAGACCGGACAGAAUGAUUGGCACGAAAGGUUCCUGUGCGAGGUGCAGCCCCUACCCAGGCCAAUCCCACAGCACAUCAAAGUUAAACAAGUGUAAAUCAGUAACCAAAAGACUAAACGGACGAAAACUCUCUUUUUUUCUUUUGGUUUAGAAGCAGCAGUGGAACGAAUAAGCAUUUUUUCCGAUAGAGAAUAGGUACAUAAUUGCAAAGGAAUGGGCUCCUGAUAAUUGUUCGUAUAGUCAUAGAAUGAUGAAAUUAAGCCUCGUUGGUGGAUAGCUAAGGAUAGUUUAGGGAUAGUCGCUUUAGGGAUAGUCUAUGACGUCACCCAUUGUUUUAACCCAGAGAAAACACGAAAGAAACUACUACAGAGAAACUACUCUCCACUAGACUAUCCUCUGCAUUUGACGAGGUGAUCUAGACGCAUGGUUGACAACAAACAAAUAGCAAGCUUCAGCUUUCAAGUUCUCAGCCCCAAAUGUUAACCUUUUUUGUCGACUUAAAAAGAAUUUCAAUUAGUACACAACAUUAAAAAAUUGUCAAUAUCAAACUUAGCUUUCCCAGCGCACUCGCCACAGGUAACAAUGCCCUAUAGUUUUUCUGUUAUAGGGAGAUAAACAAAGAUAAACCGAGGGACUUUUAGUAGCAGGGUAACAAUUUCGAUGAACUUAAGUUGCAUGAACUAAAGUAAAAUUCAAUUUCCUCUGUUACAAGCAUACGCUCGAGACCAAAUUACAAGACCUCGAGAAGAUGUUGAACUCUACACGACAGGUUGCAGAAGAAGCGUCUUGGAAAAAUUUGACGGCGCUGUGGUCCGCAGAGAAUAAUGCAAAGAAAGAAAUUGACAAGGUGUGGACUGCGAUGAACGAAACAGGAAAACAACUUGACGAGAAACUAGUGAAAAUACGACACAACCUUACUGGACAGGUAACUGAACCGUUGUAAAGUUACGACUCAUAACUUCCCGCUGAGUCGGCACAAGCAAUUUUUUUCGUAGGCGGAUCAAUGGCUAAAGUUAUGGUUUAUUUAGUAAAACUUGGCAAAUUUUGAUUCUGUACCAGUCCUUCUGCCAUAGUAAAGAGAAUGGCACUGAAUCAAACUUCGGCAACAAAAAGUAAUUUUGAUCAGGUGAUUUGUCGCGUGACCAAAAGGUAGAAGAAUACUUCAAGAUUUUCAUUCAGGGAAAAAAUUUUACUCCGCUGCUCUACAUCAGUUAAUAACGAACAUUCAGAUAAUCCAGCUGUGUAGUGUGCUUCAUCACAUGAAGCAGUAUAGGCUAUGAACUGGAUACGCAGAACUUAAAUUGAUCAUGAUAUGCACGGAAGAAUUGUCCAGCAAGAUAUUUUAGGUAUAUAUGCAAGCUUUCCAAACUUCCCAAGUCCUUCAGUAUAUGCUCCCCGCAUGUAAAUGAUGACUUUUUAAAAAUGUAAGUGAACUUUUACAUACAGUGUAGCGAGUAAAAUGCCUUCGGCGAAAUUAUAAUUUUUUUUUAUAAUAAGAUCUCCUCACUGCGCGCAGUAUCUCACUCGCGUACUAAGGAAAAACAAGGAUAUAACUUGUGAUUAUUGCAUGAUAACUAGCUUGAGCGAAUGCAGUAACACUUCGCUUGCUGUUCUCAGAUUAACAACGUAGGCAAAAUUGCCGGACCCGUUGGACCUCCGGGACUCAAUGGAAGUCAAGGACCCGCGGGGCCUCCGGGGCCCAAAGGAGCUGGAAACUUCAGCACGUGUCAGUAUAAAGUAAAGACAGAAGCUCGUGGACGAGAUCAAACGGCCUAUGUGGACGAGCCCACUGUAAGUCACUACAAGUGUAAGGUGUGAUACUUGUUUUCUUACUUUGUCAGGCAGCCCCGUUCAAUUGCACCUGACUUAAAGAGGCUACAGUAUGUCACGACGAUAUUCCUCGUAUAUUUUAUGCUAAUUCUGUGUUGAAGUCAUCACUUAAUACUUUAACAAAUUUUACCAGGGGGCACUAACCAUGAUACUUUUUUGUGAUUUUUGCGGGCGAAAGGAAACAGUUUGAAUACCUAAAUAAAAUCUUAAAUAACAAAACUGGUUUAAGCUUGCACAAGGCUAAUGAGAUAAUUUGUAUGCUUCUUAUCCAGUUCGUGGACAGAAGAUGAUUAUUGUUCUUAUUAAUUUUUAGUUAUUCUUUUUACAUUUAGUGAAAAAGUACAACUCCCUAUUUUUUUUCUCCCUUAUAUUUUAAAAGUUGCCUUCACUAGAAAAAGAUGCGAGAGCGUCACACGGCUAAGGAGAAGCACAAAAAACUAACCCUCUAUAUUGUCUUGUUUCUCUUUCCAGGGCCAUAUUAUAAUAGCAGCAACCUGCUCUACAAACUACGCCGAAGAUAUUGAGUUUAGAUCCGCCAUUGUGGCCCAACAAAAAAGGCGAUAUAUAUGCGACUACAAGGGCGUCAAGAAUAGUAGGCAAAACCCUAAGAACUGCUCCCUCCACUACUGGAUAUGCUUAAAAACGUAAUUACGAACAAAUCUACAGCAGAAACAGUUUGAGGUAAUUUUCAAGCGCAAAAGAAAAGACGCCUUGUCUUUCGAAAAUGACAUAUCUGACGCUUUAAACGAUUCCUUUCUACCUCCCCUUUCCUAUCUAAAUUAGUUCCAAGAGUUUCGAUAAACGGCUCUUAUUUUAAUAAUUUCUUAAUAUGCGAAAAGUUCGUCUUUAUAAAGAAAUUCAACAUUGCAAGGUUAAUUAAAAUCUCCUUUAAUCUGGACACCUUUUGUUUAGAGGUUGGUAAUUUAUCGAAAAAUUAGACGCUAUAAUAAGUUGCGCGCCUAUCUAACUUUACAAAGGAGGUGUGAAAAAAUGGUUAGAGGAAAUACUGCAGCGUUUUAUAUUGCGAAACUUGAGCGAAGUCAUAUCAGUCAUGUUUAUCUGUUCCAGGCUAUGUUGUGGUCAGUUACAAAUGUUAGGUCAGGUGAGCUUAAAUCAUAACAAAGCACUAAUCUAUUCUCAGAUAAUUUUUUAAUUACUGGAAAAAAGAAAGAUUUCGAAUGAUCCUAUCCAAGAGGAAAAAAAGCAGAUUUGAUUUUUGGUCACUCAACUUCCGUAAAGCUUCUUCCAACAGAACUUCGAUGU